CACGGCGCUCCCGGGAUGAAGCGGUGCCGCUCGGACGAGCUGCAGCAGCCCGAGGAGGAUCCCGGCGCCGCGGGGGAAUCGCCCGGUCACGGAGUGAUGGAGGGCAAGGCCGGCGAGGCGGCGGCGGCCCCCGAGGCGGGCGCUGUCCCGGCGCCGCCGCGCUCCAAACCCCCUGACCUGAAGAAAAUCCAGCAGCUCUCCGAGGGCUCCAUGUUCAGCCACGGCCUCAAGCACCUGUUCCACAGCCGGCGGCGCUCGCGGGAGCGCGACCAGCAGAGCUCGCAGGAGCCGGCCACCCCGGGCCCACCGACAGCCAUGGCCUCGUGCACACCCCACGGCGUGGCCUCGGACCACGAGUCCCCGGACGAGAAGGAGCGCUCCCCGGAGAUGCACCGCGUGUCCUACGCCGUGUCCCUGCACGACCUGCCCGCCCGGCCCACGGCCUUCAACCGCGUGCUGCAGCAGAUCCGCUCGCGGCCCUCCAUCAAGCGCGGCACCAGCCUGCACGGCGCCGGCCGCCGCGCCAAGAGCGGCUCGCUGGAGCCCCAGAAGGGCAGCCCCCACCUGGGCCGCAAGGCCCCCCAGGACAGCGGCCUCACGGCCAUCCUGCACCAGCACCAGGGCAGGCCCAGGUCGUCCUCCACCACGGACACGGCCAUCCUGCUGGCUGAGGGAGGGGCCGUCUACCUGCUGGCUGAGGAUGGUGAGGGGCUGGCGGAUAAGCUGGACAAGGGCGACGUGACCACCCUGAACCUGCCGGCGGGCGCCGGGGGGCACGGUGACACCGACGGCCCCGUGUGCCUGGACGUGCCCGAUGGCACCCCCGACCCUCAGCGCACCAAAGCCGCCAUCGAGCACCUGCACCAGAAGAUCCUCAAGAUCACGGAGCAGAUCAAGAUCGAGCAGGAGGCGCGCGACGACAACGUGGCCGAGUACCUGAAGCUGGCCAACAACGCCGACAAGCAGCAGGCGUCGCGCAUCAAGCAGGUGUUCGAGAAGAAGAACCAGAAGUCGGCGCAGACCAUCGCGCAGCUGCACAAGAAGCUGGAGCACUACCACAAGAAGCUGAAGGAGAUCGAGCAGAACGGCCCCAGCCGCCAGCCCAAGGAUGUUUUCCGGGACAUGCACCAAGGGCUGAAGGACGUGGGCGCCAACGUGCGCUCCAGCAUCAGCGGCUUCAGCGGCGGCGUGGUGGAGGGCGUCAAGGGCGGCCUCUCGGGGCUCUCGCAGGCCACGCACACGGCCGUGGUGUCCAAGCCGCGCGAGUUCGCCAGCCUGAUCCGCAACAAGUUCGGCAGCGCCGACAACAUCGCGCACCUCAAGGACACGCUGGACGACGGGCACCCCGAGGAGGCCUCGCGCGCGCUGAGCGGCAGCGCCACGCUGGUGUCCAGCCCCAAGUACGGCAGCGAUGACGAGUGCUCCAGCGCCACCUCGGGCUCUGCCGGCGGCAGCAACUCGGGGGCAGGCCCCGGCGGCUUGGGGAGCCCCAAGUCCAACACGCUGGACAGCCACCACAACAACUUCGACACCAUCCUGGAGGAGCUGCGCGAGAUCAAGGACAGCCAGUCGCACCUGGAGGACUCCAUGGAGGACCUGAAGGCGCAGCUGCAGAGGGAUUACACCUACAUGACCCAGUGCUUGCAGGAGGAGCGAUACAGGUACGAGCGGCUGGAGGAGCAGCUGAACGACCUGACGGAGCUGCACCAGAACGAGAUGACCAACCUGAAGCAGGAGCUGGCCAGCAUGGAGGAGAAGGUGGCCUACCAGUCCUACGAGAGGGCUCGGGACAUCCAGGAGGCCGUGGAGUCGUGCCUGACGCGGGUGACCAAGCUGGAGCUGCAGCAGCAGCAGCAGCAGGUGGUGCAGCUGGAAGGCGUGGAGAACGCCAACGCCCGGGCCCUGCUGGGCAAGUUCAUCAACGUCAUCCUGGCCCUGAUGGCCGUGCUGCUCGUCUUCGUCUCCACCAUCGCCAACUUCAUCACGCCGCUCAUGAAGACCCGCAUGCGCAUCCUCAGCACCGCCCUGCUCGUCCUCUUCCUCUUCUUCCUCUGGAAGCACUGGGACUCCAUCAGCUACUUGCUGGAGCACGUGCUGCUCCCCAGCUGAUCCCACAGCCCCCGGGGAGUUUUGGUUUCCCGACGAGGAGAGGGACACAAAGGGGGUGAGGGCCCGGAGCCUUCUCCCUGCUCGGUUCAGCUGCAGCCCCUCCACGGUGGCCUCUUGGAUCUGGGAUCCCUCUGGGAUGUUUGGGAAGGGUGGGCUGGGGAGCAAGGAGGAGUUUUGGAAGGCACCAGCGAUUUCUGGCUUUUUCUAAAGGGUUUUGGGUGGUUUUUUUGGGGUGGUUUUUUUGAAGGUCGUGCUGAAGUCCCCAAGAAGGAGAUCAUCUCCAAGGGUCUUCAGUUGGUGGGAAGGAUUGAGCUGGACCAAAGCUGGCUCUGGGAGAACUUCCAGCAGGGAGAGAAGAGGGGUUCAUUGGGGCAGGAGUUUCCCUUUCAGGCAGGAUUUUCCCUUUCAGGCA